GGGUGGACCUACUGAUAAUCUGCUUAGCCAUCGCCUCCUUCUUUUAUUUCGUCUUUUCUUGCCAUCCUCCCGGUCAUGUUCUCUAAGAAGGGACUGGGCCUGUUGGCGGCUGCACUUGCCACGCAAACAUGUGCCGCGUCGGCCACUAUGGCCCGUGAUGACCAUGCUACUUGCAAGAAGACUACGGUCGCUAUCUUGGGAGGUGGAAUGGCUGGUGUCGCAGCGGCACAAGCUUUGUCCAACUCGUCCAUUCACGAUUUUGUGAUCAUCGAGUAUAGGGAUACCCUCGGUGGCCGUGUGGCUCACACCGAGUUUGGCAAGGAUCCCAAGGGCAAACCGUAUACGGUCGAGCUGGGAGCCAACUGGGUGCAAGGAUUGGGAUCUCCAGGCGGCCCUGAGAACCCUAUCUGGACCUUCGCAAAGAAGUGGGGUCUGAAUAACACCUACUCUAACUAUAGCUCGAUUCUCACCUACAAUGAGACCGGCUAUGUGGACUACUCCUCUCUUUUGGAUGAUUACGAGACCAUGUACGAAGAUGCUGCCGAGGCGGCUGGAGUUCUCCUGACCGAAAAUGGACAGGAUCAAACUGCCCGCAGUGGUCUAGCAAUCGCGGGAUGGAGGCCCAAAGUCGAUGAUAUGGCCAGCCAGGCCGUUGAGUGGUGGGAGUGGGACUGGGAGGAUGCCUAUUCACCCGACCAAAGUUCCUUCAUCUUCGGCGCUGCCGGUGAUAACUUGACGUUCAACCAGUUCAGUGACGAAAACAACUACGUUUGGGACCAGCGUGGCUACAGCCGGAUUAUCCUCAAGGAGGCCUCGACUUUCCUCAAGGCCAACGACCCGCGCGUCCAGCUCAAUUCUAUCAUCACCAACGUGACUUACUCCAACGAUGGUGUUGUUAUCUACAAGGAAGACGGUAGCUGCGUAUCUGCUGCCUAUGCAGUAUGCACCUUCUCUUUGGGUGUGCUUCAGAAUAACGCCGUCUCUUUCAGUCCCUCAUUCCCCGACUGGAAGCAGACUGCUAUUGAGAAGUUCAGCAUGGGCACAUACACCAAGAUCUUCCUACAAUUUAACGAGACCUUCUGGCCCCGUGAUACGCAGUACUUCUUGUACGCCGACCCUAUCAGCCGUGGCUACUAUCCCGUCUGGCAAUCCCUUUCCGCCCCGGGCUUCAUCCCCGAGUCAAACAUCAUCUUCGUCACUGUCGUCUCGCAAGAAUCCUACCGCGUCGAGCGGCAGUCAGAUGAAAAGACCAAGGAAGAAGUCAUGGCCGUUCUCCGCAAGAUGUACCCAGACCUCGAUAUCCCCGAACCUACAGCCUUCAUGUACCCACGCUGGUCAACCACCCCCUGGUCGUACGGCAGCUACUCGAACUGGCCUGCAGCGACUACCCUCGAGAUGCACGAGAAUCUGCGCGCGAACGUGAACCGCCUCUGGUUCGCUGGUGAAGCUACUAGCGCGCAGUACUUCGGCUUUUUGCACGGUGCUUGGUUCGAAGGCCGUGAUGCGGGUGAGCGGAUUGCUGAGCUGUUGGGUGGCAAGUGUGCGAACACGGAUGCUUCGGGGACUUGUGGAAACCGUAAACACUACGAGCGUCUGUAUGGCAGCUCGCCGCUGGCUGAUUAUAGUGUGUUUGAUGGAUGGGAUGUUAGCAGCUUCUACUCGAGCUACUAA